UGGACGACGAGAGGAUCCUUCGAGCGACGGGUAUAAAAGCGACAGUCCGCUACUCGGAGAUCAUCACCACUUCACUUUGCUCUCUUCGGCUUGUACUUGGGAACAGCUGCUCCUUUCCUCCGCCAAGAUGAUCAAGAUCGCCGCCAUCCUUGCUCUGGCUGUUGCCGUCCAGGCUGUCCCAGUGAGGUUCAACGCCGAAGGCGACCUCGACACCGCCGCCCAGACCUUCGCCCGCGCCGUCCUCACCUCUGACGACCCACUGAGCCAGCCAAUCCCAUACUCCUUCAAGCACGAGUCUUCCACCGAGGAGGGCACCCACACCCACGAGGAGUCCGGUGACGGCAACGGCCGCGUGACCGGCAGCUACACCCUUACUCUCGCCGACGGCCGCCAGAGGACUGUCCGUUACACCGCUGACGAGACCGGUUUCCACCCCGAGAUCGUCACCAACGAGCAGGGCACCGAGUCCAACAACCCAGCUGACGCUAGCAUCACCUCCAGCGCCCUGUCCGGCCCAGACGCCGCCCACGCCGCCGAGCCCGAGCGUCUCCGUCUCCUCGCCUCCGGAGGCUUCAAGUCCAAGGCCUAAGCUGGAACCACUAGGACGCUCGCCCACGCCAGAGAACUAGCUGCGGCGGCGAGUGCGGAAGGGCCAGCGGAGCAGGUCUUCCUCAACCGCCGCCGCCAACGCCUUCCCACGGACAGCGACGAUGACCACGAAGCGAAGAAGCAAGCAAAAAAUGCUCUCUCCCCCCUAUUUAUGUUUCCCCCCUCGGCGGCAGAACCUGCGCCACUGUUCUUCAGUGCCUCGUGCAUCUGUGAAGAGCUCAUCAAUUUCCAUUCGAACCAGGCGUCGCGCAAGAUGCACCGCGACCUUGCAGGCUUUUGAAGAAGAAAAGUAUGUACGUCCCCGUCGUUCCCUCUAAUGGGGUGGCGCUGACCUGGCUGUUUCCUUGGCGCCGGCAAGUGGUCGCGUGUUAAGGAGAAAUGGAAAAGGUCCCCGGUUACUCCCCAUCGAGAAAGACAAGAAACUGCCAUCUCUGUUUGUAAAUGUCCUGAAGCCAGAACAUGGAAUCUUGAUUGUCGUUUUUCACGUUGUGUGUUUUUGUCUUUGACCCGUGGCCUCGUGCAAUCUUAUUUUGUUCAGACCACCGCGUUCCUCACUUUUUUUUUGUUCCUCUAUUUCCUUCCUCGCUCUGGAAACGGUUAGCGCACGUUCCCCCAGACACCGCCGCAUACUGAUGUUGCCCGAUCGCUUCCUCGCUGUGAUAGGAGCGGCUCCUUAACAUCCACGCAGAGCCCCUUCUGGUGUAACGCUAACUAGCAAGCUAGCUUUAAGUAACAAUUGCGGGUCACAUAUAUACGUAUAGUGUACAAAUAUUUGUUCCUUAUUUUUGCCUAUUUCUACUUUUCUUUUUCUAACACUUUUUUCACAACACAGAAGCAUUCCACUACUUGACGGUUGUGAUAAGGGGUAGUCGGCACUAGACAUUGCAGCACCUAACUAGUACGUACGCCUUGCUUGUUACGCAUGUUUGUCUACGUCACUGUCCAAUGUUCCUCUCACUAGUUUGUGUGUCCUUGUCAGUUCUGUGUACUGGUUUCACGAACUACAGAAUAAAACGCUAAGCAAGCCCUGUAUGAAGCAGCA